CAGUAUUGGAAGGAGAAGUGCUUUGCACUAACAGCUGAGCUGUUAGUUGAUGAAGCUAUGGCGUUGGAUUAUGUGGGAGGAGUAGUGGGAGGGAACAUCAAACCGACUCCAUUUUUAUGUUUAAUUUUAAAGAUGCUCCAGAUACAACCAAAUAAGGACAUAGUCAUUGAAUUCAUUAAGAACCCUGACUACAAAUACGUGAGGGCCCUGGGGGCACUGUAUCUGAGGAUUGUUGGUACUUCUGUUGAAUGUUAUAAAUACCUUGAGCCUCUGUAUAAUGAUUACAGGAAAAUAAAAUAUAAAAAUAGACAAGGAAAGUUUGAAUUAUCUCAUGUUGAUGAAUUUGUUGACAGUUUACUGCGUGAGGACAGAGUCUGUGAUGUGAUAUUACCAAGAAUACAGAAGAGACAUAUUUUGGAAGAAACAGAGCAGCUGGAACCAAGAGUGAGUGCUCUUGAUGAUGAUUAA